CAUCCAUGGAUCCCUAUCUUUUCUGUGGGAACCAGAGGAGAGGAGAGAGAGAUAGACAAGCCUCCGUUCUCAUAAACCCAAAAUCCUUUUCCUUCUUUUCAAAAAUUGGAGAAUGAAAAUUUAAACCCUAGAAUUGGAAACGGGCGGUUUCAUUCCGAUUCGAUUUAUUGAUUUACAAUGCUUUGACCUGAAUAGGGAAUCAAAAUUUUUCUUUGACAGAUUUCUCUCUGUGUUUGGGGAGGCUCAAGGAUGGGUCUCUGCAACUCCAAACCCUCCCCAAACCCAAGCACUUUAGCAUCUCCUGUGUCCGAUACUAGAUUCGCUGCUGUUGGAUCUAAUGGUAACUCUAUCCCGCCUACGGAUGUGCCUAAAUCAGAUUUGGCUGCCGGAAAUGGAGGGGAAAACCCUAGCAUUGAGGAUCAUAACGAGGAAGAGAAGGAGAAAACCUGUAAGGACGAGAAAAUGGUGUUAGAGAGUGUUAAGAAAUCGCCAUUUUUCCCGUUUUAUAGUCCCAGUCCUGCGCACUACUUCUUCUCGAAAAAGUCUUCGCCGGCGAGGUCUCCGACUACGAAUGCGGCCAGCGCCAACUCCACUCCUAAGCGGUUCUUCAAGAGGCCGUUUCCCCCGCCGUCCCCUGCGAAGCAUAUACGUGCUGUUCUGGCGCGACGGCAUGGCUCAGUUAAGCCGAACGAGGCGGCGAUUCCGGAGGGGAGCGAGCCGGAGGUGGCGGGGCUUGAUAAGAGCUUUGGAUUUUCCAAGCAUUUUGGUAGCAAGUAUGAGCUGGGAGACGAGGUUGGGAGAGGACAUUUUGGGUACACUUGUCAGGCCAAGUUUAAGAAGGGCGAGCUUAAAGGGCAGCAGGUUGCCGUCAAAGUCAUCCCCAAAGCGAAGAUGACCACAGCUAUUGCCAUUGAAGAUGUAAGAAGAGAGGUCAAGAUAUUGCGAGCGUUAACUGGACAUAAAAAUCUAGUACAAUUUUAUGAUGCAUAUGAAGACCAUGAUAACGUCUAUAUAGUGAUGGAGUUAUGUGAAGGAGGGGAACUCUUGGAUAGAAUACUUUCAAGAGGUGGAAAAUACACAGAGGAGGAUGCAAAAGCUGUCUUAAUACAGAUAUUAAAUGUUACUGCAUUUUGCCACCUUCAGGGUGUGGUGCACCGGGAUCUUAAACCCGAGAAUUUCCUCUUCACAUCGAAGGAUGAAAACUCUCAAUUGAAGGCCAUUGAUUUUGGAUUAUCAGAUUUUGUUAGGCCAGAUGAAAGACUGAAUGACAUUGUUGGUAGUGCAUACUACGUUGCACCCGAGGUUCUGCAUAGAUCUUAUGGGACAGAGGCUGAUGUCUGGAGUAUAGGUGUGAUUGCAUAUAUUCUUUUAUGUGGCAGCCGUCCUUUUUGGGCCCGGACUGAAUCUGGGAUCUUUCGGGCUGUUCUAAAAGCUAAUCCAAGUUUUGAUGAGGUGCCUUGGCCUUCUCUAUCUUGUGAGGCGAAAGACUUUGUCAAGCGUCUAUUAAAUAAAGACCAAAGAAAAAGAUUGACUGCUGCCCAAGCCCUAUGUCAUCCCUGGAUUAGAAGUUCUACUGAUGUUAAAGUGCCUUCAGAUAUUCUAAUAUUCAAAGUCAUGAAGGCUUAUAUGCGUUCGUCAUCUCUUCGGAAAGCUGCAUUAAGGGCUCUAUCUAAAACAUUGACAAUUGAUGAGCUAUUUUAUUUGAAGGAGCAGUUUACACUGUUAGAACCAAACAAAAAUGGCACUAUCGGUUUUGAAAAUAUUAAAGCGGUCCUGAUGAAAAAUGCAACUGAUGCUAUGAGGGAGUCACGCGUCCCUGAUUUUCUAGCCUCUCUUAAUGCACUUCAAUACAGAAGGAUGGAUUUUGAGGAAUUUUGUGCAGCUGCAUUAAGUGUCCAUCAAUUAGAGGCUCUUGAUAGAUGGGAACAACAUGCUCGUUGUGCCUAUGAACUUUUUGAAGAGGAGGGAAACAGGGCCAUUAUGAUUGAUGAACUGGCAUCGGAACUCGGCCUUAGCCCUUCUGUCCCUGUACAUGCUGUUCUCCAUGAUUGGAUCAGGCACACUGACGGAAAAUUGAGCUUCCUUGGAUUUGUCAAAUUGUUGCAUGGUGUGUCUAGCAGAAAUCUUGCAAAAGCUCAAUAGAAGUUUCUUAACUAUGCAGAAGCUCCAAAAGACUUGGUGUAUGUCCAUAAGCUGUGUAUUGGUCAAUAAAAAACCAGAGUGAUAGGCACUUUGCAGACGAUUCUUAGGCCUGAAUAUGAAAAGGUAAAAUUUACUGCCACCGUAACCAUGGUCCAGGAAAUUGAGUUUGGACAGGUUUCCUCCGUGGCACAACCUUGUAUACACCAAGCAUAAAAUUGUGGGACUCGUGCUUGUGCUACGUUGGCGAUGAAAGCUUUAGGCAUUUAUGAUUUUCAAUGUAAAGCUGUGUAGUUACUUGUGUUUAGAUGCAGGUGAGAUAAAUUUCUCAGAACUGGUUGGCGGACACUUGAUGUUCUUACAUAAUGGACUGGGCUGAUGGGUUCGUGAUUGAA